AUGUCUGCACACCGACCUACCUUCGAAGCUGCCAAGGGGCGGGCGCCCUCUGCACGCGGAUCGCAGCAGGUGUCGCUGCGUCAUAUCCCCGCACAGACCAAGCUCAAGUUCCGAACUCCAGCCGCCGAUGCACCGCGUCGAGACCUCAAGCGCGAGUUGCAGCUCGCCGAAUGGACCGCCACCAAUCGCAAGCGCGCCAAACAGGGGCUCGAUGCCCUACCCCCUCCCACCACCGAAGCGCAAGGCGAAGCGCAAGGCGAAGAGGCAGAAGAGAGUAGACAAAGUGCACUAGCUCUCGCGCUGGAGUUGGAUCAAGACAGCGAAAGCGAAGCCGAAGGUUCUGCCUCCAACCACGACCAAAACAGCGAGGGAGAAGAAGAGGAGGAGGAGGAAGAGGAGGAGGAGAGUGAAGAGGAGAGUGAGGAUGAGGAAGCAGCGCUGCUGCGUGAGCUCGAGAAGAUCAAGGCGGAACGAGCCGCCGAAGCCGCCCGACGGGCCGCCUCCUCGGCAGCAGCCGACCAACUCUCGCGCGACGACGAAAUCGCAGCAGGCAAUCCGCUCCUCAACCUCCAAUCCGCCAUGGCCUCGAGCAGCGCUGGCAAAGCUCAAGACUUUGGCGUGCAGCGCAGAUGGGACGACGACGUCAUUUUCAAGAACCAAGCCGCCCCUCGCUCCUCCGGCUCCCAGGGCUUCGUCAACGACCUCUCCCGCUCCGAGUUCCACAAAAAGUUUAUGAACCGUUACAUCAAGUAG